AUGUCUAACAUCGCCUCGGACGCGCAGCUCUUCGAGGAGCACUUCCGUAUUGAGCGGCUGGGCGAUAACAAGUACGACCGGGUCGACCGUAUUUAUUGCAAGUCAGAAGACAAAAGCAUCACCAUGACCUUGGAUAUAAACAACGAGCUGUUCCCGUGCAAGCCCGACGAGGAGCUGCACGUCGCGCUGGCGACGUCACUACACUACGACGGCAGCAAGGACGACGAGCGCGGGUGGCGCGACGUCGCCAAGGCCGGGGCCAGCGAUGCCACGCUGGCUGAUAUCUUUGACUAUGUUUGCUACGGCAAAAUCUACAAGUUUGAGGAUGCUGAGGAUGGGAAGACGAUGUGA